ACAUCUUCACAUUUUGUCGCUUACUUUAAUCAAGACAAAACAUCAGUUCAAUUUAACUUGAUUAAAGUAAGUCUUUCAUCAAAUCGCACAUCUCUGCCUCCACUUGUCAUCUGUACAUUACGUGGAGCUCUCUCGGCAUGGCGGGCUCGUGGCUGCUCUCGUUGGCGGUAGCGCUAUGCUCCCUCUCUGGGAGCACCGUCGCCACCAUGUACAACCCCUCCUCGCGCUUCGUCGGCUUUGCCAGCGACCGCUACGUCCGCCAAAGUCGCGCCGAUCCGGAGCAAGUGGUGCCAUUAGUCAUUGGACUCCACCCAGACGACUUUGACGGAAUGGAGCAAGAAUUUUACCGCAUCUCCGACCCAACACAUCCUGCGUACGGCCAAUAUCUUGCUCAGGAGCAAGCAGAUACACUCUCUCGACCGACUGAUGGUGCACUUGACGCGGUGCGUCAGUGGGUGGGAGAAUUUGCACACGAAAACAGCGCAGGUACUUUUUCGACGACGUCGAAUUUGUACAAAAUUCCAAUGAAGGUGAAGCACGUUGAGCGACUGCUGAACACGCAGAUUCACCACUACGAAACACAGGAGACGGACAGUAUUCCCGCGCGGAAUCGGCGAAGACUGAUGCGAGCAGCUACUGAUGUAUCAGUGCCAGAGCAUCUGCAGGACAUUGUAUCAUUUUUGAGCGUGAAUACGCACCCCUUGGGACUGCGAGCGCUGGGAGCUGCAACGUCAGAGACAGCAGAAUUGGCGAGCAGUGGAGGGGGUACAUUGGCACAGGUUCGACAGAUAUACGGUAUCCCAGACAACCUCGUAGUGACCAACCCAAGCAACGCACAAUGCGUACCUUCGUUCUACGAUGAAUCGUAUGAUCCCGCGGACUUGAAGACUUUCUUCUCUCAGUACCUGCCAGGGGAGAGUCCGCCACCAGUCAUUGAAAAGGGAAGCCGAGUCAAUCACCCGGAACGGGCUACCACGGAGGCAUCGCUGGACGUGCAGUACAUCACAGGCGUUGGUCGUAACGCUACCACUUUUGUCUGGACCAUGAACGGCAGCAAUCCGUACUCGGCAGAGGAUGAACCGUUUGUCGAGUUUGCGCAGGACGUGCUAGCACUGGAGAAUCCCCCUCUCGUCGUCUCGAUCAGCUACUCGGAUGAUGAAGAGCAUAUUUUCGAUGUCUCGCCAGGAUAUGCACGUACCCUGGACACGCUUCUCAUUAAGAUGGGCUUGCGUGGUAUCACAGUUCUUAUUGCCGGUGGUGAUGAUGGUGUAACUGGACUGCGUCCUGAGUUCGAGAAUGUGCCACUCGAGGAAAUGUGCAAGAAAAGUGGCCCACAGUGGCCGUCUUCAAGUCCGUACAUCACCAGCGUUGGUGCCACGAUGCUCCUACCAAAAGCGCAGCAAGCAGCGAAACCAUUCUUCCGUACGAAGGAAGAGGUGAUCUGCAGUGUCGAGAAUGGCGGGAUUAUUACCUCAGGUGGUGGAUUCUCCAACAUCUACGCAAUACCAGCGUACCAGCGCACAGCGGUUGAGAGAUACUUGGGAACACGGAAUAUUCCUAGUACCCCGGGCUUUUUCAACGCUAGUGGUCGUGCCUAUCCUGAUGUAGCCGCGAUAGGCGCAGGUUUCCUUGUCUACAUGAAUGGCCGUCUCUCGUCAGUAUCAGGGACGUCAGCAUCCACACCAGUAUUGGGCGCAAUGGUGACGUUAUGGAACGACAUGCGCUUGAAUGCUGGCAAGAGUCCACUGGGCUUCAUCAAUCCCCUUCUUUAUUAUCUCGCGGAGACAAACCCCAAUGCAUUCAACGAUGUGGUUGUUGGCAAUAAUGGAGCUCCGCGUGGUGGUAACACACCUUGUGAAGACUCCUUUAGUGCUGCUGCUGGCUGGGAUGCAGUCUCAGGAGUUGGUACACCCAAUUUUCCAGUGAUCUCCGAGUUCAUUACAAACCUCGAGGACCACUUUAAUGUGUCUGAACUGGGUCAAACGAAUAACUCUGCGAUUCCAGACGUGAGCAACAAUGCGGCAGACAUUACGAGCGGCAUCGGUGAAAUGAGUACGUUCACUAUGGUGCUUCUGAUUGCGGCAGUCGUGGCAAAUGUUGCAAUUGGUAUCGUUGUGGUGGUCACAUUGGUGAAACGUUGGAGGAACCAGUACACACCUCUCGACGAGGUUGCUAGUGGCAAUACCACCCCUGUCUCGACAACAACCCCCACGGCUCGCGUCCAGCGAUUGAAUUCGGAUCCUGAUAGUAGUAGUGAAGAUGGUGUGGAGCUGAGUGAGAUCAACUUGAAUUAAUCACUAGCACGCUGUGGCAGAGCGAAAAAAAAGAUUUUGGAGUAUGUUGGCGUGUCUGUUCUACUCACAGCCUAAGCUGGAAAGUGCUUACAUCGCAUCGUCCAGAGUCAGCAGCAAGGAGCAGCUCAAUACCUUCAUCUUGAGAAGCGAUCGUUACACUAGCAGGCUGAACGAAUCGGGUAUCCGUUUCCCCUGUGGUUCCAAAUGCUGAAAGAAAUACACCAGUGUUCGUAAAGAUGGCAACACAGCGGUUGUCAGUGUCACUUACGAGUAUGUAUCCACUUCGUUGUUGCACCCAGACUCCAAUCGGUGAAAGUGGCAGAUCAAAUGGUGUGGCUUUUGAAUCAAGAAUUAACUGCACGCAACCAUUUAGGUCAAGAAUUUGCACCCGACAAUUGCCAGUGUCAGCAACCACGAUUUUGUCAGAUCGUUGAGGACCAAAGUUGCAUUGUGGAGUCAAGGGAAGUGCUGGGCAAAGUGCAAGACCAGUUGGAAAAUUGAAUUCACCCGGUGCCAUGCCCAUACAACCAAAAUUACGCACAAAUUUACGGGUAAUCAGAUCGAAGAUUUGAACGCGGUGGUUGCAUUGAUCGCAGACGAAAAGAAGUCGGUCUUUCCAAACUGCAACUCCUUGUGGCGAAUUGAGGAACCCUUCCAAAUGACCAAAUCCUUCUCCAACACGGCCACAGAAUGAACCAUUUCGGGCGUUAAAAAGCGAUACGGUAUGGUUGCCGCUAUCGCUCACUACUAACAUAGAAUGGUAUGAAGGAUAUUCCUCGUUUGUUUCACCAUUCUUCACGCUAUAGAACGCCAGAAAUGAUGGAUGAUUCAACUCUCCAGGAAGAAACCCGUUUGAACAGAGCUCCUGAUCGCCAUACGUGGUCGCGCCGAUGAAGAACUUUAGACUCAGGUUGCUAGCGUCGAGCACAGCCACCCGGUGUGCUAUCGGGUCACUCACGUACAGCCAUCGUUCUUUCAAUGAGUCUUUCGUUUGUCCUUUUGGAUUGCUAAACGUGAAGCUGAACUGGAAACAGCUGUGCACGCUGCAAACACCUCGGAGUUGGUUCUUCGGGAGCUGGAGCCAAGUGCAUCCGGCUGCGUCGAAGUUAUACGUGUAGACACUCGCAUUUUCUCGGUCAAUCACUACGAUUUCUCUUUCAGAUGGAGCAUAUUCAAGUGCGAAUGGAUGAUGGAAGCGUGAACGCUUUUCACGCCACUCCAUUAGGCAAGACGUCAGAUGAACGUAACAUUGGCAUGUCGGAUGCAGUAGAGUCGCAAGACUGUAAAUACCAUCCAUACCUUUACCAGAUAAAUCAGGCGGAGGUUUAUGUAGUGCAGCAUAUUCUCUCUCAACCUCUGCACGCAGGUUUGCAAAUUGAUCGUGUUGGAAUACAAUCUGCUCGAGACUGCCAAGUAACGACAACUGCCUCAGAAACUCUCCUCGUUCGUUGAGAAUUUGUACGCGAUAGUUGCCACAAUCUGCCACAAUUGCGUCA